AUGCAUGUUAGUAGAAGCACAAACGCCAUAGCCCAGCCAAGAAUAGCCUACCAGUACAGGCCCAAGAAAGGAGCCGGAAUUUUGCUUCAGAGUCAAGUUCAAGUAGUGCGCCGGCGCAAUGAGAACCGGGUUGACCGGGCAUUUCGACAAAAGAAAAACAACCGGAAGUUCCUUAAAGCAGACAUGUUAAUUGGCACAAAGUCCGCAAUGGAUGGGACCCCCCUUGGUCCCCCUGAUAAAAAUCAAUUGUGA